AGAGAAAUCGAAUAAUAUCCACGCACUGAGGUCGCCAGAAGGCACACAAGAAACCAUUCGACAGCCACAAACCACCGAGCCAUCAUUUGACAAGCACGUUUCACUGGAAGAACCGUCGACAAAAGCCCGAAUCGUCAAACGUCCAGUCUAUGGUGAUACGAUCAAACCCUUUGGUGGCUCGCUUCCCGAUUCCGUGUUCGCCUCGGAACCCGAUAAUAGUACAAACAGUAGUUACAGCACCGCCAACUCCUCACCACCCAACAAUUCGCCCACAACUUCUUUGAUUGAGGACGAUACGGAAAAUGUACUAAUGUCUUCCAUACCGACCAACCACUCGCUGUUUUGGCCUCAGUCAGUGGAUUCAAGUGAAACUGGCGUGGCGGUACCAACCAGUGUGGCCUAUCUCCAGGUAGCAUUUGAACGCGAUGCGACCGGCUACGGGAUCAGGGUUUGUGGGUUCAAACCUGUGUCGGUGCACAGCGUCAGGGAAGGCGGAUCCGCAGAUUUGGCGGGCGUUCAAGCUGGUGAUCAAAUAAUCAAGGUCAAUGGUUUGUCGGUCGAGGAUAUGCCUCAUGACGAUGUGGUAAAACAAAUCCGAGCGAAACCAACCGUGUGCUUCUUGCUCCGGCGGCAACGUUACGGUCGAGCUCAAUCUGCCGGCUCACUCGACGAACAUGAGACCCCUAAGCCGUUCAGACUGCUAACUGCCAACGAGGAUCCAGUUUUACGCACCCAAUCCAGACGUUUCCAAUCCAAGCGUCGUUCCAGCCGUGAAUCGACCAAAGGUGUCUCAGGAACGGCUGCUGCGAUCAAGCGUCGCUCACGAAUGGCUGUCAGUCUGGUUGAACCGUUAGAGUCCGGUGAUGUAUCGCCUCGAAUGGAAUCAGUAAGUGAUUCAGCCGAGCAGUACACUGAUGAAGACCUCGAGCCACCCAGGAGAGCCAGCGUCGAAUCACUUCA